CCUCUCUGUUUUCUUCAUAUACCCCAAUUUGUUUUCACAGCUAUGACAUCUGUAAAGCUCACAACCCCCCAGACGGGCGAGUUCGAGCAGCCCACCGGACUCUUCAUCAACAAUGAGUUCGUAAAGGCCGUUGACGGCAAAACCUUUGAUGUUAUCAACCCCUCCACUGAGGAGGUCAUCUGCAGUGUUCAGGAGGCCACCGAGAAGGAUGUUGACAUCGCUGUUGCUGCCGCCCGCAAAGCCUUCAACGGCCCAUGGCGAAAGGAGACACCAGAGAACAGGGGAAAGCUGCUUAACAAGCUUGCCGAUCUGUUCGAGAAGAAUGCCGACCUCAUUGCUGCCGUCGAGGCUCUCGACAACGGCAAGGCCUUCAGCAUGGCCAAGAAUGUCGAUGUUCCCGCCGCCGCUGGUUGCCUGAGGUACUACGGAGGAUGGGCCGACAAGAUUGAGGGCAAGGUCGUCGACACAGCACCCGACAGCUUCAACUACAUCCGCAAGGAGCCUAUUGGUGUUUGCGGUCAAAUCAUCCCAUGGAACUUCCCUAUUCUCAUGUGGUCAUGGAAGAUUGGUCCUGCCAUCGCCACUGGUAACACCGUCGUCCUGAAGACUGCUGAACAGACACCUCUCUCCGCAUACAUUGCUUGCAAACUGAUUCAGGAGGCCGGUUUCCCACCAGGUGUCAUCAACGUCAUCACUGGUUUCGGAAAGAUCGCCGGUGCUGCCAUGUCCGCUCACAUGGACAUUGACAAGAUUGCCUUCACUGGUUCAACCGUUGUCGGCCGUCAAAUCAUGAAGUCUGCCGCUGGCUCCAACUUGAAGAAGGUCACUCUCGAGCUCGGAGGCAAGAGCCCCAACAUUGUCUUCGCCGACGCAGAUCUUGACGAGGCUAUCCACUGGGUCAACUUUGGUAUUUACUUCAACCACGGACAGGCUUGCUGUGCUGGUUCACGUAUCUACGUCCAAGAAGAGAUCUACGACAAGUUCAUCCAGCGCUUCAAGGAGCGGGCUGCUCAGAACGCUGUCGGUGACCCAUUCGCCGCGGACACCUUCCAGGGUCCUCAAGUCUCGCAGCUCCAGUUCGACCGUAUCAUGGGCUACAUCGAGGAGGGCAAGAAGUCUGGCGCGACCGUCGAGACUGGUGGCAACCGUAAGGGCGACAAGGGUUACUUCAUCGAGCCCACAAUCUUCUCCAACGUAACCGAGGAUAUGAAGAUUCAGCAAGAAGAGAUCUUCGGCCCCGUCUGCACAAUCUCCAAGUUCAAGACAAAGGCCGAUGUCAUCAAGAUUGGUAACAACACCACAUACGGUCUUGCUGCCGCUGUACACACAUCCAACCUCACCACUGCCAUUGAGGUUGCCAACGCGCUCCGUGCAGGAACUGUCUGGGUCAACUCCUACAACACUCUUCACUGGCAACUUCCCUUCGGGGGGUACAAGGAGUCUGGUAUUGGGCGCGAGUUGGGAGAGGCGGCGCUGGACAACUACAUCCAGACCAAGACCGUGUCUAUUCGUCUUGGCGAUGUUCUGUUCGGUUAAGCGCUAUGCUGGUUUUUUAGCGAAGGAUUCCAUAGGUACUAUGUAUAGCUCAAGUAAUUAUGAGGA